GAUCAUUUUAAAACUGACAUAUUUAGAAACAUUUGAGACAGGAAAAUGGCACUUAUAGUUCCAUUGGUGGCGUCUCUGCUGACAAUAACGAACCUGAAUCUGAAUCCAGGGCAAAUCCUGACAGUAACCGGAAUUAUUGAUGAAAAUGCUUCAACUUUUCAGAUAAAUCUAGGUACAGAUGAAAACAACUUUCUGUUCCACUUCAGCCCUCGCUUUGAAUUUAAUGAAGACAGAAAAGUAAUUGCAUUAAACACAAAAACAGAUGGAAUAUGGGGCCGAGAUCAGCAGACAGAAUAUGUUUUCCCCUUCAAAAAAGGCGAAGAAACCUCACUCUUAUUUGUGUACCAAGGGAAUAAAAUUAAAGUGAUAUUGCCCGGCGGUGAUGAAAUCGUUUUCCCGUUCCGCAAACAGGCAACAAUUCUCCCAUAUAUGAACCUGAAAAAUCUCAGAUUGAAGUCCCUCACAGUGAUUUGAUGGAUCCACCUUAUCCUGCACAUCAAAUUCAUAUGAUUUAUCUUCUUGCACGUGCAUAUAUUUCCCAAGCUCAGUCAGAAAAUGCAGUUUAAAUGGACAAUGCAUUGUAUUUUUCCCUUAUAUAUUCUCAGUGACGUGUUCACCAGCUGAGUACUAAAUGUGUUUCUUUAGGUUUAUUUUUGUAAUUUAAAUAGCUAGUUUUGUUCAUUGACACCACCAACCAUAGUGAAAAUUUCAGUAUCUAAGUAUUGGCCUUUGAGUAUAGAGAAAGGGACUGACUCUAAAAUCCUCAGCCAUAUUGAGUGAAAUAACACGCUGACCCUUGCUUAAGUAGACCUCACUCAGUGGUGAUCUGUCUUCUUUAGAAAAUAAUUGCUCUCUCUAGAAUGGAAAAUCUUACAGAGGAGAGAGAGCGACUGUAACAGGUAGCGCCUUGUACUGAUAAUAAUCAUUUUGUUCAGCAAAUAACAAUCACAUUUUGCUGUUUUUAUCAUAUAUUCAGUUGCAUCUGUUUCUAGCUUCGCAUACACAGUCUUUCUAAUAGUAGAACAAGGGUAUGGAGGAUUUUGAGACACUCUUGGGUUCAGAGAUAUAGAUAAGAUAAUGAGGCUUGCUCUUCCAUCAGGAUUAGCCAAUUUGAUUGUGCGUGUUCUUGAGAACCAUUGUAGUUUCAAAGAGCUAUUUCAAAUAAAAUUAAAAAAUAAACACAAGAAAUGUCAAUACUCUGUAGCUGGAGUUAUUGAAAACAAAUUAAAGGAAAAAAGCUUAGUACAAUGUCCAUUUAAGAGAAUGUAACGUCAGCUUCUCAGGGGAUGGUGCUAGUCUACUAUAGAACUUGCUUGUUUGAUUUGGAAUCUGUAUCUUCCUGUGUUGCAUAAUUUUGCUUAUAAACAAUAAAAUCUUCACUUGGC